AUGAACGAGGCUCCUAACGAUGUGGCAUCCAGUGCGGUAGACUACGAGGAACUGAUGGCACCAUGGGCCUACAAUGUGGCCGCCGUCACUCUGUUCUGUAUCGGGUUCUUUGGAUUCUUUCUCAACCUAUUCGUUAUUGCACUUAUGUCCAAGGAUAUGCAGCUAUGGACACCGAUGAACAUCAUAUUAUUCAAUUUGGUUUGCUCCGACUUUUCCGUGUCGAUCAUCGGCAACCCACUGACGCUUACAUCGGCCAUCUCGCAUCGCUGGAUCUUUGGCCGGACGCUGUGCGUGGCGUACGGGUUUUUCAUGUCUUUGCUGGGAAUAACCUCCAUCACGACGCUUACGGUGCUCUCGUACGAACGGUACUGUCUCAUCAGCCGCCCAUUCUCAUCACGGAAUUUGUCACGCAAAGGAGCCGGCCUGGCAAUAUGCUUCAUCUGGGGCUACUCGUUUGCCUUAACCUCGCCGCCACUGUUCGGCUGGGGAGCGUACGUCCAGGAGGCAGCUGACAUUAGCUGUUCGGUAAAUUGGGAAUCCCAAACAAGAAACGCCACAACGUACAUAAUUUUUCUGUUCAUUUUUGGACUAGUCGUUCCGCUGAUCGUAAUUGUGUACAGUUACACCAACAUCAUCGUCAAUAUGCGAAAGAAUUCCGCACGCGUGGGACGAAUAAAUCGGGCCGAGCAACGUGUCACCUCCAUGGUGGCGGUGAUGAUCGUCGCGUUCAUGGUCGCGUGGACACCGUACGCCAUUUUUGCACUGAUCGAACAGUUCGGACCGCCGGAACUGAUCGGCCCCGGACUGGCAGUGUUGCCAGCACUCAUCGCCAAAUCGAGCAUCUGCUACAACCCGAUCAUCUACGUCGGCAUGAACACGCAGUUCCGGGCCGCCUUUACGCGGGUGCGCAACAAGGGCGGUAUGCAGAUGGCGGACCAAAACACCACCACCAUGCAGCGCGAGCUGACCAAGAGCAGCCGCGAUAUGGUGGAGUGCAGUUUCGAUUUCUGUCGCAAGAAAAACCGCUUCAAAAUUAGCCUAGUGAAGCCGACCGCCCCGUUGUCGGUGGUGGAUGUGUCGAGCACGUCGCAUCCAGACAAGGCGACGAGUCGCUCACCUCUGGACCAAACGGUGCUGAACGAGAUGCACGAUGAUGGUGCACGGGAACGUAGCGAUGGCCAUGCGGGCUCCCGGUUCGUGCGGCCAGACUUUGAAUUAUCUGUGAUUAAUAGUGGCAAAUCGAUACUGAUUAAGUCGAAGAAUUUUCGGUCCAAUUUACUAUAG